CCCAGAGGGAUGGGGCGGGCGGCAGCGGCCGCCUAAGAUGCCGGCGAUGAGGGGGCUCCUGGCACCGCAGAACACCUUCCUGGACACCAUCGCCACCCGCUUCGACGGGACGCACAGUAACUUCGUACUGGGGAACGCCCAGGUGCGCGGGGUCUUCCCGGUGGUCUACUGCUCCGAUGGCUUCUGUGACCUCACGGGCUUCUCCCGCGCCGAGGUCAUGCAGCGCAGCUGCGCCUGCUCCUUCCUCUACGGCCCCGACACCAGCGAGCUGGUCCGCCAGCAGAUCCGCAAGGCCCUGGACGAGCACAAGGAAUUCAAGGCCGAGCUUAUCCUCUACCGCAAGAGCGGAGCCCCGUUUUGGUGCCUCCUGGACGUGGUGCCCAUCAAGAAUGAGAAGGGGGAGGUGGCGCUCUUCCUGGUUUCCCACAAGGAUAUCAGUGAAACCAAGAACCGAGGGGGUCCCGACAACUGGAAGGAGGGAGGAGGCGGGCGCCGCCGUUAUGGCAGGGCCAGAGCCAAGGGGUUCAACGCCAACCGGCGGCGCAGCCGGGCCGUACUCUACCACCUGUCCGGGCACCUGCAGAAGCAACCCAAGGGCAAGAACAAGCUGAACAAGGGGGUGUUUGGAGAGAAACCGUCUCUGCCCGAGUACAAAGUAGCGGCCCUGAGGACGUCACCCUUCAUCCUGCUGCACUACGGCCCGUUCCGCGCGGGCUGGGACGGCCUGAUCCUGCUGGCCACCCUCUACGUGGCCGUCACAGUCCCCUACAGCGUCUGCUUCAGCUCGGCCCGCGAGGCCAGCGCUUCCCGCGGGCCGCCCAGCAUCUGCGACCUCUCCGUCGAGGUCCUCUUCAUCCUGGACAUCGUGCUGAACUUCCGGACGACGUUCGUCUCCAAGUCCGGCCAAGUGGUGUUCGCCCCUCGCUCCAUCUGCUUCCACUAUGUCACCACCUGGUUCCUGCUGGACCUGGUGGCCGCGCUGCCCUUUGACCUGCUCCACGCCCUCAAGGUCAACGUGUAUGUCGGGGCACACCUGCUGAAGACGCUGCGGCUGCUGCGGCUGCUGCGGCUGCUUCCCCGCCUGGACCGCUACUCCCAGUACAGCGCCGUGGUCCUGACACUGCUCAUGGCCGUCUUCGCGCUGCUGGCACAUUGGGUGGCCUGCGUCUGGUACUACAUCGGGCAGCGGGAGAUCGAGAGCAGCCAGGCCGAGCUGCCCGAGAUCGGUUGGCUGCAGGAGCUGGCGCGGCGACUGGAGACCCCUUACUAUCUGGUGGGGCGCAGCGGCGGGGCUUCGGGGAACCGCUCGGGGCUGGGGCCGGGGCCCGGGGACAACUGCACCAGGGCCGAGGGCAAUGGGACGGGGCUGGAGCUGUUGGGGGGCCCGUCCCUGCGCAGUGCCUACAUCACCUCGCUCUACUUCGCGCUCAGCAGCCUCACCAGCGUCGGCUUCGGCAACGUUUCUGCCAACACCGACACCGAGAAGAUCUUUUCCAUCUGCACCAUGCUCAUUGGCGCACUGAUGCACGCCGUGGUGUUCGGGAACGUGACGGCCAUCAUCCAGCGCAUGUACGCCCGCCGCUUCCUGUACCACAGCCGCACGCGUGACCUGCGCGACUACAUCCGCAUCCACCGCAUCCCCAAGCCGCUCAAACAGCGCAUGCUCGAGUACUUCCAGGCCACGUGGGCCGUCAACAACGGCAUCGACACCACCGAGCUGCUGCAGAGCCUGCCGGACGAGCUGCGGGCCGACAUUGCCAUGCACCUGCACAAAGAGGUGCUGCAGCUGCCGCUGUUCGAGGCGGCGAGUCGGGGCUGCCUGCGCGCCCUCUCGUUGGCCAUCCGCCCGGCCUUCUGCACGCCCGGCGAGUUCCUCAUCCACCAGGGUGACGCCCUCCAGGCCCUCUACUUCGUCUGCUCCGGCUCCAUGGAGGUCCUCAAGGACGGCACCGUGCUGGCCAUCCUAGGGAAGGGAGACCUGAUCGGCUGCGAGCUGCCCCCGCGGGAACGCGUGGUGAAGGCCAACGCGGACGUGAAGGGGCUGACCUACUGCGCGCUGCAGCGGCUGCAGCUGGCCGGCCUGCACGACAGCCUCGACCUCUACCCCGAGUACGCGCCGCGCUUCAGCCGCGGCCUCCGCGGGGAGCUCAGCUACAACCUGGGGGCCGGCGCCGGCGGGCCCACCGAGCCCGACACCAGCUCGCUGAGCGGCGACAACACGCUGAUGUCCACCCUGGAGGAGAAGGAGACGGACGGCGAGGCGGGGCCGGGCCCGGCGGCCCCGGGGACGGCCACGGAGGAGGAGGAGGAGUCCGGCAGCCCCCUGCUGUCCCCGGGCUGCGCCUCGGCCGCCCAGCUGCUGUCCCCACGGGCCGGACGCCCGCCCGACCCCCCGCCCGACCCUCCGCCGGGCCCUCCGAGGGCCCCGGCUCCCCGCGGGAGGCCGGGCCGGGCCGGGACCAAGGCCGCGCCGGGAGAGGGGCUGCGGCUGCCCCCGGGGGCCUGGACCGCCCCGCAGGACCUCAGCCCCAGGGUGGUGGACGGCAUCGAGGACGGCUGCAGCUCUGACCAACCCAAGUUCGUCUUCCACAUGGGCCCCUCGGGCCCCGACUGCGCCACCGCCUCCCCCGGGCCAGCGGAAAGUGGUCUGCUCACCAUCCCCACGGCUACCAGUGAAGCCAGGAACGCGGACACCCUGGACAAACUGUGGCAGGCGGUGACGGAGCUGGCAGAGCAGGUGCUGCAGAUGCGUGAGGGGCUCCAGGCUCUGCGCCAGGCUGUGCAGCUCUUCCUGGUGCCCCCCCAAGGCCUGGGACCCGGAGUUGCUGGGGAAGGACCCGGCCCUGGUGGGGGCUUCCCCGACCCCGAGGCGCUGGGAGGGGGUGGGCUCUUGCAGCCCCUCUGCGUGGACACGAGCACCCCCACUUAUGGCCCCCCGCGCACGGCCUGCCCCCGCCACCAGGCCGGGCCCCCUCUCCCCCCUUGGCCCUGGGGCCCUCCGGCCUCGCACAGCUCCCCCUGGCCCCGGCCGGCCCCACUCUGGACUUCGACGCCCGAGGCGGCUCCCCCGGCCGCUGGAGGACUGGCCCCCGAGCCUCUGGGGGCCGCCGCCUCACCCCUGCCCCCCGAGGACCCUCUCGCGGCCCCCGCAGAAACCGCCGGCCUGGGGGAGCCCCCUCAGGGCCGGGCCCUCCCCUGGGACCCCCACGGCCUGGAGAUGGUGCUCAUCGGCCGCCACGGCUCGGCCCCUGUUCAGUGGUCCCAAGAGGAGGGCACGGGCGUCUGAGUGCCUCCCCCCACACUCAGGGAAGGCCCAGUCAAGGGGAGCCCCCCCCCCCGGAUGCUAGGGGGCAUGGUGGGGGGCAGUGGGAGGGGGUGGGAAAAAACAGCUCAGGGCCCCCUUUCCCAGAGGCUGCCCCAGGCUCCAUCCUCUCAGCCCCCAGUGGCGGACUGAGGCGGAGGGUUGGGGGCCCCUGCAUGUGUCCCCAGCCCGGUGCCCCCCACCCAACCCCCUUCCCAUCUAGGCUGGGCCAGUUUUCCUCCUGUUUUUUUUUUAAUUAAAACGAUACUCAUGUUUGGAA